AUGUGCAUUCGUCCAGAUUUCCUGCGUCCCCUCGUCCUCUCAGGCCCAUCCGGAGUCGGCAAGAGCACUCUCCUCAAGCGUCUCUUUGCCGACUUUCCAGACAAAUUUGGCUUCAGCGUCUCCCACACAACCCGCGCGCCCAGACCAGGCGAAGAGGAUGGCACACACUACCACUUUGUCGCACAGGACCACUUCAGAAAACUAUUAGACGAAAAGGCCUUUAUCGAGCACGCAGAGUUCUCCAGCAAUUUCUAUGGUACAAGCUUCGAGGCCGUCCGACGUGUUCAGCAACAGGGGCGCAGAUGCAUUCUUGAUAUCGAGGCACAGGGCGUCCGCCAAAUUAAAAACACGGACCUCAACCCCGUCUAUCUCUUCAUCUCGCCGCCAUCCCUCGCAACUCUGCGCGCCCGCCUGCGUGGCCGAGGAACCGAGACAGAAGCCAGCGUAGAGAAACGCCUCAACAUGGCUCUCAAGGAGGUCGACUAUGCAAAACAGCCUGGUGUCCACGAUAUUGUCAUCGUCAACGACGACCUGGACCGUGCCUAUGAGCUGUUCAAACAGGUGGCCCUGGGAGAGCGCAUACCCGGCGAUCCCCUACCGCCUCUAGACGACUAGACUACAAGUAAUACAAAUAAACUUAGCGUCGCGG